UCAACAGCUGUGCCGGACUAAACUACGCGAAUUUUGUCGUAAUCAGCUAAUAUAUACGUAUCUACGAAAAUUUAUCUAUCUAGAGCCGUACCUAAUGCAUUUAAAAUUAUAGACGUAUUUGUUAGUGUCCGGAUAUCAUUGAAAUAUUCAUUUAAAUGUCUGUUUAUUGUUGAAUUGUCUGGUUUUCGUUUUCGUUACACAUUAAGCGUCGAUAAGUGGUGUAUUAUGUGUUUGUUCAGUUAAUUUAUUGCGUAAAAAGUAUUUGUUACGACUUAAAGAGUGAAAUAAUGGCAGACAAUGGAGACCGGUCUAGCCUUCUACCUUUGCCAAAGAGAUCCAUCGCAACUACUAUAGAGUUGCCAAUACUUCUUAAUAUGAUUGCUGUGUCUCUAACAGGUUCGGCCCUUAGCAACAUAAUUCUAUACAGGACGUGUGUACACUCCUUAGGUCACACCGAAUAUGAAUGUAAACCAUUUCUAUCGCCGAUAAAAACAAAUGCUACCGCAGGACUAGAGGAAGACGUGCAAAGAUACUCCACUUACAUAUCUACAGUGAAAAUGGUGUUAGAGUACCUCUGCCCGGCGGUUUUGUCUAUGUUCUUAGGAGUCUGGUCGGAUACGUAUGGUAGAAAGCCAUUAAUAGUAUGGCCAUUGUUUGGUAUGGCGAUAUCGGGCAUCUUGAUAGUCAUCUUCGCCAUGAUAGAAACCCUGAGCCCGUGGUGGUACGUCGCUACGGCAGUCCCGUUCUCCAUCACUGGCGGAUACAUUGUCAUGUUCACCGGUGCGUACUGCUAUAUCAAUGAUACCAGCUCAGCUAGCAGCUCGUCGCUUAGAAUGACAAUAUUGGACGCAACAAUAUCGUUGGGCACUAUAGCUGGAAAUUUGUUUAGUACUUACCUCAUAUUGACGAUUGGAAACGUCUAUCUACUAUUAUUAACAGCUACACUCAACGUGAUAGCGUACUCCUUUGCAAAUAUAUGGAUAAUGGAAUCUUUGAGAGGGGCAUUGGAGGGUGGAGCAUCAAGAGUUCUAGACUUAUUGUACGUUAAAGAAAUGACCAGCGAAUGCUUCAAGAAACGGCCAUACAACGGCCGUGCACAAAUUAUUCUUCUUGCAGUAAUUAGAAUACUACUGAUCAUGAUAAUCUACGGACUGAGUACUUUAGAGUACAUGUAUUCGAGACAAAAGUUGCACUGGUCCCUGCGACAGUACACAACAUAUUCGUCGGUCAGUGCGCUGAUUAUGUUCUUAGGGGGGUUCCUUGGAGUUAUUCUGGUGCAAAAGUUGCUGCGGCUCGGCGAUGUAUCAUUUUCUAUGCUCGCAUUGUUUACGGCUGCUGCCGAUAAUAUGUUGAAGCUGUUUGCGGUUGAAUCGUGGUAUAUGUAUUUGGGUUCAGCGAUAUCGCUGUUUAAAGGUUUAACAGGGCCACUGUUACGUUCGUUCCUCACUAAGAACUUCCCCAUGGAGGAUAUCGCCAAAAUUUUUGCAUUCCUUUGCGCGGUUGAAAGCAUUGGCCCAAUGCUGGCACCGGUUAUAUUCAACUCGCUGUACAGCGUUACUCUGGCGACAUUUCCUGGGGCAAUCUAUGUCCUUAGCAGCGUGAUGAAUGCCGCUUGUCUGAUCAUGCUAGGAUUUGUGUUAAUGUAUUCAAGAAAAGGGUCGUCGGCAAUCUAUCAGACCAUUGACAAUGAUAUUGGUACAGUAUACUAUUUAAUAAUCAUACCAUUUAGUAAAUUAUUUAUGUGUAGAUUCAUAAGAUAAGAUAUGGUUUUUUGGAGACUGGCGAAGUACCUAUGAAACUAGCAAUCAUUUUUGAUAUCUAAAAAAACAACAAUUGAAGGUUUGUGAUAAAAAAGAAAACAAAAUGUUGCACCAUGAAAAAAUGGUGUAUAAAAUGUAACUAUUUAUCUUUAAUAUAACUUAAACAAUUGGUGCCAAAGUUUUUGGUCAUAAAAAAAUCUUACCUAAUUUGACAGGUCUAUAAAUAGUGCUGCCUGUCAAGAGAAACAUAGCUCCCCGCAUUUUAUUAAUAAGACAGAUCUACUUUUACAAAUUUAUUACUAAAACCCCAUGGCGACUUGGCCGCUCGCUAAUCAAAAUAAUACUUCUUACUAUUAUUAUUAUUAUUGAAGUCAAAUGCACACACGAAAACAAAAUACAAAG